AUGCCGGCCACACAGAAGGGUGUCAGUGUAUGCUACUAUGAGGUGCUAGGCAUAGAGAAGACUGCAACAGAACAAGAGAUUAAGAAAGCGUAUCGACGACUAGCACUGAAAUGGCACCCAGACAAAAAUCCAGAAACAAAGGAUGAAGCAAAAAUAAAGUUCCAGGAAAUAUCUGAGGCGUACGAUAUACUUUCAGACAAAAAGAAGCGUGAAGUGUAUGACCUGUAUGGCAAGGAUGGUGUCCUUGGCGGAGGCCACACAGGAGAUGAGGAGUUCAACUUUGGUCCGUCUGCAUUUGGGGGCUUUCAUUUUCAUUUCCGGUCACCUGAAGAAAUUUUCAGAGAUUUUUUCGGCACAGAUGAUCCCUUUGCUAAUUUUUUUGGUGGUUUUUCCCAUGGAAAUAGCUUUGCAUCCUCCUUCUUCUCCCAAGACCCUGUUGCAAGCUCAGGCUAUGGUCGACCAUUCCGACGGAGACGUGGCGAGAACAGCAGGGGUAGAUAUGGUGGCGGGCUGCACCACGUCCACCACACCCACCACCCUUUCCUUGGCUUCCCUCGUGUGCACUUUGGUGGAUUUCCUAUGAUGUCAAUGUCCAUGAUGACGGAUCCCUUCAUGAGCUUCCCUGGAUCCAACGCUGG